CAACACAGUCCUUUUGGGGAGUAUGCAUAGUUGUUCUUCUGCUUAUGUUCACACCAAUAGGAUUUUUUAUUAAAUUUGAAAUGGGCGAAGUUGACAUUAAAGCUGGAAGCACAACAACACUUGCUCAACGUGGAAGUAUUUUGGUAACUAUUAUUGGGAAUACACUUCCCUAUGGUUACAAUAUGGCUGUGCUGAAUAAUCCUGCAGUGAACAUAAUUGCCUAUUACAACAAAACUAAUGGUAGAAUUCCCUCAGAAGUAGAAACCAGAGAGUAUGUAGACUGGGAUUAUGAUAUAAAUCUUGUGUGGUCUUCUGUAAAUGCUGUAUAUGUUUUAGCAGGUUUUAUUGGUGUAUUGUUUGCUGAAAAGAUUGCAGCAAAGUAUGGGAGACGCAAACCUAUGAUGGUCAAUACAGUUUUAGUAAUAAUUGCUUCCGCUGUUGGAGGAACAACUUUCAUCUCAGACUCAAUAUGGGUUUUGGUAAUACACAGAAUUUCAAUUGGACUCUAUUGCGGUAUAGGUUUAGUAUUAUCAGGAAUGUAUGCCAUGGAGAUAUCUAAGUUCACUCUGAAUAGAGUCAAAGGAUCAUAUGGCACAUAUGACAGAUGGUUUCAGCUCUCAAUUACUGCUGGGAUUUGUAUUUCUUCAUUCUUAGGCAUUAGUACAUUUCUAGGCAAUGAAGAUAGAUGGCAAUGGUUAUUAGUAUUUAAUAUAGUACCUGCAUUAUCCAACGUCUUUCUUUACUGGUGUCCAGAAAGUCCAGUCUACUUAGUCAUUCAAGGAAAGAUUGACAUGGCUAAAAAAGGUAAUAUAUUAAAGUACAUAUGCAGGAAUGCAGAGUAUUUCAAACCAUUUGUAACAAGGCACAUAGUAUUGUAG